AUGCAGGUUGCAUCCAUGAAGGAUCCUGUCAUAUGGAGUGAGGCCAUCAAGUACACUCUUUUUCUGCCCACCAUCUUACUGUUUAUGUUUGUCCCAGCCAAGAUCUUUAUUGUCCUGUCUCUGCUGCAUCUUUUCGGCAUGGCUAUAGAGAAAAUGCAAGAUCAUCCUCUGGACGGUCACAGUUAUUGUGGUUGGCAACAACAUCUUUCCAAUGGUCACCCUGCCGGGCUAGUGCAGAACCAUAUCCUCGAAACUGACGAGAUCAGUCUGCAGGGCAGCGAUGGAUUCGCAGUGUGCCAUCUUCCCUGUCUUCAUGGUGUGGAUGCUCAACAUGAAGACUGGGACCAAAUAGGGUCUGGCGGUCUGGACGAGCGGUGGCCCAUGGCCAAUUUCAAUCUGGUAUACAGAAGGUUUUGCUGGAAUCAAGUCAUCAAGUGCCUGGCCAAGUCAGGCAUAAAGAUCAUGCUAAGUGCAAAAAGGAGCAACAUUCCUUCUAAGCUACCUACGGACGUGCCUUACUUCCUGUAUGCCUUUUGA